UUUGAUCUUGUAUGGGAGUUUGGCGAUUUUGGCUCAUCUAUGGAAUAUAUAUAUAUCUUAUAACAAUAUUACUCGUUCGGAAAAUAGUAUUUAUUUGGUUGGGAAGACGAAGGGCGACGAAGGGAGAGGAGAAGGGGGAAGAAGCGUCGGAUCUAAGAGGAGCAAUAUGGACGAAGCGUUGACAGCAGCUGCCUCCGCUCCCCCGCCCCCACCUAUUGCCGCUGUCAAUCGCCCGCUGUUCUCCGCCGUCCUCGCCUUCGCCGUUGCCCAAUUCCUCAAGCUCUUCACCACCUGGUAUAAGGAGAAAAGAUGGGAUUCUAGGAGGUUGCUUGGAUCUGGUGGAAUGCCUUCAUCACAUUCAGCAACUGUGGCAGCUCUUGCUAUGGCAAUCGCUCUGGAAGAAGGCACUGGUGGUUCUUCAUUUGCUCUGGCUGUAAUUUUAGCAUCUAUUGUUAUGUAUGAUGCAUCUGGGAUUAGAUUGCAUGCUAGCCGACAAGCUGAGUUACUAAAUCAAAUAGUAUGUGAGCUGCCGCCAGAACAUCCUGUAUCAUCUAACCAUAGGCCCCUGCGCGAACUUCUUGGACACACUCCACUACAGGUUUGUGCAGGAGCUGUCCUUGGUUGUUUGGUGUCAUACCUUAUGAGAGGUUCUACGUAGCUGGCUUUUCUCUUGAUCGAUCGGUCUGGUAAAUUUAGCUUAUGAAUGCUAUUGGAGUCGGUUUCUCUGCACCAGAUAUCUUUCUUUGCUCGUUUUCAAGAUAGCAUGGUAGCAGCUUUUAUGAAUUGAUUUGAACCUUAAUCAGUCAUAUGUAAUUGUAUACUCAUUUAUGUACAAAAGCAUGCAGGGAUGUUUCUUCUGAGAGAAAAAAAAGGGACAUGCUGUUUGUAAGGAUGACUAUCCAAAUAUCAAUUAAAAUAUCAUUAUUUA